ACAGGCAACUGCUCGUACGCUCGUGUUCGUGUUUCUGGCAAGACAACAAGUUCUUCACUGUCUCUCGAAAAUAAAAUAUUAGAAAUAAAAACCGGUCCGCGUUCGUCGGGAACGUGAUAUCGGCGACGCGAGGUAUUGAACCGUGAUUUUACAAUUCCGUACGUGUCUCGGCCAAUUAAGGCGGUGCUGCCGCGGCUGGGCAUGAUGAAGUGCGUGAAGUGAUUGGUAAAUCAUGUGCGAUUGUGCUCGUAAGAUCAGAAACGGGCAUGACGAAUAAUUCGCCUUCGCUUUGUUGACGUGUUUGCAUCAUCAUCAUCGUCAUCGUCAUGGCCCUGAAGUGUGCCGUCUGCUGAUAAGUGAUUCAUCUCGUCGAGCCCGUUCCCGGGGGUGGAAGUGCUAAAUGCCGUGCGGUCGGUUCGUUGUGUUGUUUCGGUGAAAAACAGUGAAGUAAGGCAGCGGAAAUGAAGAGAUGCAAAGUUGACCAAAGGCGGACCUGCAUCGGUGUCGCGGGCAUGCCGCACCUGUUUGUUUUACUCGGUGUUUUUCAUCUCGCUUGCCGAGUGUCAGCACAGCUCAUCAUAAAUGUACAAAAUCAGGGAGGAGAAAUCGUGCAGGAGACAAUAACAUCCAGCGUCGGUGAUGACACGUGUACGCUGGAGUUCCAGAGGAGUGAUGGUACACUCGUAACGAAACUGAUCGACUUCAAAAGUGAAGUGCAAGUGCUAAAGGCGCUCGUGCUCGGCGAGGAGGAACGGGGCCAGAGCCAGUACCAGGUGAUGUGCUUCGUGACGAAAUUCCAGAAAGGCGAUUUCAUCACGGCCGAUGCGAUGGCGAAAUUACGACAGAAAAAUCCUAGCACUAUCCGAACACCAGAGGAAGAUCGAGGGAAAGAAAACUACACCAUGACCGGCUGGGUGUUGCUGGACCGAGCAGCACCGAUAUCCCGACACGUGGCACCGCUGUGCGCGGAAGCACAGGAAUCGACGUACGUACGGGACACCGAUCUGAAGGCCUGGGCCGAACUUCCAGGCUCAUCGAUCUCGAUCCUGGGAUCGGUGGUGAAACCAUUCCCGACGGCGAACACGAUCACGGAACCGUCGCGCUGUAGCGAGGUCAGCGCGAUUUGGGCGCCCUGUCUGUGUACGCUCGAGAUGUGCAUCGGUUGGUACCCGUGCGGGCUGAAGUACUGCAAGGGUAAGCCGGACAGUGGUGGGCUGCAGAAUGGUGCCGCCGGUUCCACCAGCUACCGGUGCGGCAUCAAGACGUGCCGCAAGUGCCACCAGUACUCGUACUACGUCCGCGAGAAGCAGCAGUGUCUGUGGGAUGAAUGACCGAAAAUGGGCCAACGGUGCCCUCCACAGCCACUACUAGCCUUAAACCUCACCAACAACCCUACCAACACACAUAAAGCCGACGACGACGACGCCGACGACGAGCCUGACGACAACCGUGGACCUUGCAACGGACGCCUGCCACCCCCGGAAGCUACUGCCAUGCCAUCGCGCCAACAGCUGCCAGCGGUAUCCCCCGGGAUGCCAUCGAUAGUGGCCACCAGCGCCAUCGCCAUCGUCCUCGCCACCAUCAUUGCAUUCGAUUACGAUAAUCGUUACCAAUUCCAGGGCCGGCAUCGGCGUCAUUGGAUGCAACAGUGGCCAACCGGUUGGCUCGGGCGAGGAUUAAGCUUGUUAAUCUGCGCGUUGCUACCGGCAACCCCACGGACCAGAAACCGGUACAUGGAUUCGCAGCGCAGGACCGGCACUGACCGUACCGAGCACCAUGCUCCGGCUGCAGGUGGUUGUGUUCGAUGGAGCAUAAAACACAAAUCACUACCAUC